CGAUAGUGCCAUCGACUGUUUUGCAGCUCUAAUUGUCACUACGAAUUGUUUCAUCCCUUUAUGAUUUUUGUGCGUUCGUCAAUUUAGAAAUGUUUGGAUCAAGUUAAUUUUAUAAGAUAUGGAAUUCUAUGAUUACCCCAAUGACGAUCUGUCGCCCUUAGUAACAACCACACAAAAUGAGUAUAAAAAUAAUGUUUUUGACGAUAUAUUGAAUUCAUCUGAAGCACAUAUCGACACAUCACCGGACUUAAAUGAAUUAUUACGGGAUGUUCAAAAUGAGCACGACAUUUCGGGAAUAUAUCAUAUUGAUCAAAUUAAUGACCUAACUUAUUGUUUGGACUCAAUAUCAUCAAUGUCUGAACUUCCCUAUUUUAAACAAAUCCAAGAAAGUUCAAAGUACGUGUCCCUUGUCGAUGAAAAUGAAAAUGUUGACGAUCUAAACAGCUACUUAAAUUACGUUAACAUCAGUCAAUUGGGAUGUGACGGCAAAACAUUAAAUACACAUGAUCGUAAUACACCGUCUCCUACAGGAAGCUGCAGCAGUUCUAGUGGGAGCUCAACAAGUGGGGUUCAGAGUGAUAUAUCUGAUGCCUCAUUAAAUAGGCCGCUUGACCAAGUCAUUGUUGAGUCAGUUAAAGUUAAACAAUUUAUUAAACCCCAAGAUGAACAAUUUAAUAUAAAAUUGGGCAGUAAUUUUUCAAAUUUAUCAGAUAUAGAAUAUUUAAAACCACAAUCCUCGGCGGAACUUAAUUCUUUAAGUUCUAACAAUACACAAAAUAAUCCAAUUGCUCCCAGUUUUAAUUUAAUGAAUAAUAAAACAUACAUUAGUACAGAAAUCACAAAUCUAUCGGCAGAUCAAACGAAAAAUAUUGGUGCACCACUAAAGCCAAAGACUAUAGUUUUGUCUUCGCGGGACUAUAGAUCGCUAAUGCAAAAAAUACAUCCAAGUGGAGCUAAGGCUUUUUCUAAGAUAAAUGUUAAUAUUCCAAAAAACGUUACACAGAAAACUAAAAUAGAGGGGUUAAAAAUUGAGCCUAAAUCAAACUUAAAAAAGAAAGAACAAGAAAAGGCAGAACACUCUGUGAGUCAAAUGUUAAAACACACAAAUGGUAGCCCCAAGUUUGACUUCUUAAAAAGUCUUACAGCUGACGAAAAGAUGUACAAAAAACAGCAGCGAUUAAUUAAAAACCGUGAGUCUGCUUACUUAUCCCGAAAAAAAAGAAAGGAAUAUGUAGUCGCACUGGAAACAAGAAUAAAUAAACUUGAACAAGAAAAUUACUUUCUAAAGGAUGUAAGUAUAGACGUUAUUCUAUUAAUUAAAUAA